UGGCUGGCUGGAGAGACGAGCUGGCGGAUGGCAGCAGCAGCAGCAGCCCAGACGCAGAGGCAGAGGCACCAUGGGCGCUGCUAGGUAAUAGCCACCUCCGUUUGGAACCCCCCCUCCUCUUCGCAGGCCACCCCCUCCAAAGGACAAGGCACUCCCCCCUCUCUCGCCUAAGGGAAGAAAGAAGGUGUGCGCGGGGGAGACAGGAUCCUCUGCACUGAGCUCACUGCGAAGGAAGAAGGGAGUGGAAAAAAGGAGGGGAAGGAGGGAGAAAAAGGCAAAGCAAACCAGGCGAGCCAAGCGAAAGGAGCUGCUUGUUUUUUCUUCUUCUUCUUCUGCUGUGUGUGUUGGUAGCCGAUGCAAGGACUGGAAAGGCUGCCUUGGAGGAGGGGAGCUGCAGCCAGAAGAGAAGGGAGCUAAAGGCUGCAUUAGCAUUUACUAGAGAGAGAGCGAGACAGCAGAGGGACUUGGGGGGGGGGGUGAUCAUUUCAGCUCCUGUCAUUAUAGGAUCAUCCCCUGUCACUUCUCACCCGUCCGUCGCUUUUAUUUUUUAAGGGCUGGGUGGGAGGAGAGGUGGGGGCAACUGUAUUUUUUUUUUAAACUGCCCCUAGCUCCUGGUCUUUCUGAAAGACCGGCAGACAGAGAGGGAGCGGAUCAAGCCUUUUGGAAGGAAAGACAGACUCCUCACUUUUUAAAAUACAUAGAUCUGUAUUAGCAACCGCCUCGAGGAUUUUUGCGUGGAUUAAAAUCUUUGAUAAGAAGAAGGAGAAAAAAGCAUCAGGACGAGUUGGGCUUUUUUUUUUUAAAGGAUGUAACACUCUUGGAUGCAUUUUUAUUUUUAAAAACAUUUUGAUUAUUAAUUCAAACGUCCAAAUUUUAGGGUUUUUAAAAAAUGCUACCUUAUUUUGGCUCUUUUUAAAAAAAAAUCUACCCUAUGUUAUAGAAAUUCCUUUUUUCCCAAUCCCCACAAAACUCUUUUUUGGAUGGAAUCUGUGGAUAUGUUAUUACUAAGGAAAUAGUUUUGGGGUUUUUUUUUUAAACCUUGUGCCUUGGUUUUGCAACAAAAAAAUUUUUGGGGGUGGGGAAGACCUUUAUUAUUUCUUUUCCUUUUUUAUUUAAAACAGUCAUCCUCGACUGAAACCAAAUGUGAUCUAAAGGUUUUGCAAUCGCUCUGACAGACCGGCAACGCGAGAAGAUCUGUUAUUCCCUUAUCUGUUUUGGGGGCAUGUUUUCUGCAAUUCUCCUGUUACACUGAACAUUGAUUCCCCCAUGUCUUUCAGUUUAUGUUUUUCCCACGUCCUAUAUAGAGGUGGAAAAUUCUCAAUAUAAAUUGUAAGCUUUUCAGUGGAUUUUUGAAGGAUUUAAGAGAGACAGAGGAAACCCCCCAACCCUUUAAGAGACUGGCAUAUGUUACAGAUUGCUUUGGCUCUUCCACCACCACCAACAACCCUCCUCCCCACUGCAUCCCUAUCAUUUCAGGCUGCUUGUGUUUGCUGCCUGGACUCGGAUCCCGGAUUCUUCAUGAUUUGCGGACGACAUGCUCGUUUUUUAGCCGGGAAACCUUCUUCUCGUCCCGCAUGUUCAGGACCAAACGAUCGGUGCUCGUCCGGCGACUCUGGAGGAGCCGUGCGCCCGGCGGCGGGGAGGAAGAGGAGGGUGAGCCCGGUGACACAGCAGCGGACAGCCGGGCGCAUGGCGCUGGAGGCGGCCGGGGCUGCUGCAUGGGCAGGUCGGGGAAGCUCGCCAAGGCUCACCUCGGCUCGGAGGCGGAAUUGAAAGCGCUGACCCACGCGGUGCUGAAGAGGCUGAAGGAGAAACAGCUGGAGGUGCUCUUGCAAGCGGUGGAGUCCAGAGGGGGCGCGCGGACCUCCUGCCUCCUCCUGCCCGGCAAGGUGGACUCCAAGCUGGGUCAGCACUGGUACUCGCUCCCUUUGCUGCUGUGUAAAGUAUUCAGGUGGCCAGAUCUCAGGCAUUGCUCGGAAGUGAAGCGGUUAUGUUGCUGUGAAUCUUAUGGGAAAACUCACCCGGAGCUGGUCUGCUGCAACCCCCACCACCUCAGCAGGCUCUGUGAACUAGAGUCUCCCCCUCCACCCUACUCCAGAUAUCCAAUGGAUUUUCUCAAACCAACUGCAGAUUGUCCAGACUCUGUGCCUUCCUCCACUGAAACUAAUGGAACUAAUUGUCUAGCCCCUGGGGGGCUUUCAGAUUCCCAAGUUCUUCAGGGGCCGGGGGAUCGGUCACACUGGUGCGUGGUGGCAUACUGGGAAGAGAAAACGCGUGUGGGCCGGCUGUAUUCUGUCCAAGAGCCCUCCCUGGAUAUCUUCUAUGAUCUACCUCAGGGGAACGGCUUCUGCCUCGGACAGCUCAAUUCAGACAACAAAAGCCAGCUGGUGCAGAAAGUCCGCAGCAAAAUUGGCUAUGGCAUCCAGCUGACUAAGGAAGUGGACGGCGUGUGGGUAUACAACCGCAGUAGUUACCCUAUCUUUAUCAAGUCGGCCACACUGGACAACCCCGACUCCAGGACGUUGCUGGUUCACAAAGUUUUCCCAGGAUUUUCCAUCAAGGCUUUUGACUAUGAGAAGGCGUACAGCUUACAGAGGCCUAACGACCAUGAGUUCAUGCAGCAGCCAUGGACCGGAUUUACUGUUCAGAUCAGCUUUGUGAAAGGCUGGGGCCAGUGCUACACAAGACAGUUUAUCAGCAGUUGCCCAUGCUGGUUGGAGGUUAUUUUUAAUAACCGAUGACUUGAGACAGAGUGGACUCAUGACAUUAUAACUACUUUGCUGCUAAUAUUUCCUUCUGAGUGCUUGCUUUUCAUGCAAACUUUUUUGUUUGUUUGUUUUGUGUUUUGUGUGUUUUUCCCCCCCUCCCCUGUUUUGAGAAAUAGCUUAUGGAAAGAUUUUUGCCUUGGUAUUUUGAUAAAUAUAUAUUUUUUUUAAUGUGUGAAUGACCAAUAACUCAGAAGGGGGAGGAGAAGUGGGAGGGGAUUACAUAAAAUAAUCAUUUAAUGCCUCUGAAAUUAUUACCCUAAGCAAUUGGUGGAAUUCUGUCACACGCUGUUUGUUACAGCUCCCUCAUAAAAAGGGUUUAUAGAUAUAUUUUUGACACACCAGAGGUCUUCUGCUGCCAGACGUCUCGUCGUCCCCCUGGUCCUGCGGCGUGCGCGCGCACACAGGGCCAUCUUGCUGCAGCUUCUGCCUAGAGCGGUGGCACAUUCCCGCUGCUAUUUGUUGAAGCUCAGCACCUUCACUCCUGUGAUGGGAAGCCAAGUUCCCCCUCAGUGGCGACCACCCUGCAUUUUCCCUGACGCAGAACAAAUGUAUGUGCCAGUGCACCCAGGAGGCAUCAGGAGCCAGCGCAGCAAAGUGAAACCGUAUCAUUCAGUUCCUUGCUCCUCUUUUUUUUUUUCCUUCUUCUUCUUUCAUGUAUGCUUGUUGCUUUAUUUAAAGAUCACGUCUUGUCACUGUUAUGCCAACAGUCCAUGGUGGCAGCAUGGGUUUUGGAAGACGCAUGCCCACACUUUGAGUGCUUUUAUUGUUUUAUUGAUACUAUGAGGAAAAAAACCAUGCAUGGCCCAUGCUUUUCAAUUUGAGCUGAGAUGCAACCUUGAUGAGAAAACAUAAGCCUACAAAAAGAAAGCAAACAAACAACAACAAAAUGGGGGGGAAUGUUUUCAUGAUCUUUGGUCCAUCAUAACCUGCCGUGAUCAGGUUAGAGCGGUACCAGUCGUAUCCAGAAAUGCAGUCGCUCUUUCAUUUCUUCUUGAAUUCAUACACUAGUAUGAUACUUUUACACUGUUCUUAGCUCAAUGAGCAUGUUUAGACCUUAACAUAAGCUAUUUUUCUAAAUAUAAAGGUUUAAAUGAACAAGAGAAGCAUUCUCAUUGGAACUUUAGCAUUGUAGUGCUUUGGAAAUAAAACAAAAGAAAAUGAAAAAAAAAAGGACUCCUUAAAAAAAAACCCUUGAGAUUUAUUAAAGAAAAAAAUGUAUUUUAUGUUAUAUAUAAAUAUAUUAUUACUUGUAAAUAUAAAGACGUUUUAUAAGCAUCAUUAUUUAUGUAUUGUGCAAUGUGUAUAAACGAGAAAAAUAAGAAAGAUGCACUUUGCUUUAAUAUAAAUGCAAAUAACAAAUGCCAAAUUAAAAAAAAACAAAAACACGAGAUUGGUGUUUUUUUCUAUGGGUGUUAUCAUCCAGAUGAAUGUUUUUUCUAAAGGAGUUUAUGUUCCAUUAAAAAAUAAAAAUGUACACUUGA